AUCGAGGGGCUGGUCCGCGCCUUGCGCGAGGGCGACGCCGCAAGGAAGACGGCGGCGGCGCGGGCGCUGUGCAACCUCGCGUGCCACGACGACAACAAGGUCCUGAUCGCGGAGGCGGGCGGCAUCUCGCGGCUCGUCGAUCUCCUGCGCGACGGGAGCGCGAACACCAAGCGGCUGGCCGCGCGGGCGCUGGGUAACCUCGCGUGCGGAACCGCCGCCAACAUCGUCCUGAUCGCCGAGGCCGGCGCCAUCCCGCUGCUCGUCAAGCUGCUGCGCGACGGGAGCGCGGAGGCCAAAAAGGAUGCCACGGUGGCGCUGCGCAACCUCGCGUACUGCAACGACGCCAACAAGACCCUGAUCGGCGAGGCCGGCGGCGUCCCGCUGCUCGUCGAGCUCCUGCGCGACGGGAGCGCGGACGCCAAAACCGAGGCCGCGACGGCGCUGCGCAACCUCGCGGGCAACGACGACAACAAGGUCCUGAUCGCCGAGGCCGGCGGCAUCGCGCCGCUCGUCGAGCUCCUGCGCGACGGGCACGUGGAGGGCAAGCGGCAGGCC